AUGGCUGACAAUGAAGUGCCGCAAAUCUCUACUUUGGGUCCAGAGGAUGAAGACUUUGUUCAGCGUUCUUCGCAGUCUCCGACGAUAAGCACCGCCGUACCUGCAGGGAUGGGCAAAUUCCGUCUCAGCAAAAUAAAGUUACGUGUCCCCGAACCACCACCACCGCCCCUCGAGCAGCAAUCACAAACUGGCCCGAGCCGGGGAGAAGAAGAGGAAGAGGAUCAACUUAUGGAUGAUGAUUUAGGGAUUUCUAGUCACUCGUUCCCUCUAUCUGUCCCUACACCUAAACCAAAGCGCCUAAGAAAAAGUCGGGCAAAAAGUGGCAACCCCACGCUCGUCGCACCAACUCCUGCUGUUGAGAAUGCCUCCGCUCAUGAUGAAGAAAUUGCUCAACUUCUCGUUCCUGUGGAGCCCGAGGAUCCUUUGUCUCAGGGUGGAGAGCCGGCGGCGAUGAUGUCUGCGUGGCAAGUGCAGGUUCCCACUGUAAUGUCGGCACCAGGGAGCACGUCGGACGUGUGGGAUACACAGGAACCGGGGAAGACUCCAAAAAAGAAACCCUCAAAGGUAUCCAGCACACCUUUGAGCCAAUCAAAGCAAAAACGUGUCGCCCCGAAAAAAAUAGAGGAUUUUCCCAGUGCUGAAGGAACCCCUCAGCCAGCCGCAUCUUCGACGCCCGCACCUGAGGCACCCCAAGAAGUCACUCUCGACGAUGUUCAACAUUUUGCUGAUAGUGGUCUUUUGUCACUUGCUCCGUCUCGUCCGUUGCCCAUACGUCCCUUCCCCGUGCAACCAGCGCCCAAAGGCGCUAGUUCCUAUGCCAGUGUUGGGCCUCUAGAUCGUAGCAAAAACAAACCGAGAAAGUGGCAGAUCACUCAGCGUGAAAUUAGAACAAUCUCAGGAGGCAGAUGGAUCGCCCGAACCUGGAUCGGUGACAAGGAGAGCGGGCUUCCUCUUCCCGCGGACGCCGGCCUUGCGCCUGGUGAUGGAACGCCCGGCACGCCUGGGUCAGCUACGAAUGUGAAGCCCGCCAAACAUCCGAAAAUAAGGCUUAUUCAGAGAGCGUUGGCCUCGAGGGGAAGCCCUCUAGCAAAAGACACUGAUUCCAGACGGUCUUCUGAGAUGCCACGAACCCGAGAACCAUCCCUAGAUACAGAAAUGCUGUCCCUUGCAGGGGAUGGUGAGCCUGAGCCUGCCAAACAAGCACAAGGAGGCGAUUCUGAAGUGGACGUGUUCCUCGGUGAAUAG